AUGAGUUUAACAACACGGGGCUGGCGUGCCGCCUUACGGCAGGUCAAUCGCCGCACUUUUUCGAGCAGCGCCGUCUCCCAGCGUCACACCCUCCCGACCUUCGAGCCCUCGUCGAACGAAGACCUCGACAGCGUCCUCGACCUGGCGCGGAGGCGCAUCCUGAUACCCGCGCACCUCAACAAAGCGCAGGAGCAGAUGGUGUACCGCGAGAAGUUCCGGGCGCGCCUGUCGGCCGACGCGCCAGAGCCGGUGAGCAGCACGGUGGCGGGCGCCGACGUGACGCUCGAGCACAUCGACCGCCAGCGCGACAUCCCCGCCCAGUGGCAGGUCUUCAGCGACGCGCUGCGCCUCGCCGACACGCCGACGGACUGGGAGAAUGUCGGCAAGCUGCUCGAGGGCUUCGCCGACGCGGGCGUCCGGAUGCGGGGCGAGUGGGUGCAGAAGUUCGUGCGCGAGGCGGCGCAGAAGGGCGCGCUGCACGUCGUGCUGAGGGCGCUGGAGCGCGCGCCGCGGACCAACGUGCGGUUGAGGAGCCGCGACGUCGUGUCGCGCGUGCUGUGGGAGGUGCGCGGCGUCGCUGCGGAGAACGGCUGGGGCGAGGUGGAGACGGAGAGGGCGAUCAGGUACGCGGAGAAGGUGGUGGAGCUGAUGGAGCGCGAGGAGCACUGCGGCGGCUCGGGCAAGAGGGUGGUCAAGCCGGGCGACUUGCGCACGCUGCCGUUUGUCAUCGCGACGCCCUUGGAGCUGAAUGCCGUGCAUGUGCUGAGGUAUAAGGGAGGCGUGGAUGAGGAUGGGGUGGUCGAGGGGUAUGCGAAGUCGUUGUGCAACAAUUUGAAGCAUUUCGGGCUGCAGGAAUCCACCCCCACAGAAGAAUCUGCCCCCAGCGACGGUGCUGCCACCACUACAACAAAGUCCAAGUCACCCAACCGCUACCAAAACUUCGCCGCUGCCGUCGAGAAGCUGCGUCGCAUGGUGCCCGUUUGGCACGGCCUGGAGCUGGCCCGGCGCGUGCUCCAACCCCAGAACCGCCUGCCGCUUGAGAAGGUCGAGGUGUACCGAGUGCUGGGAGAAGUGCGUGGGGAGGCUGAGGCUGCGGUAGAGGCCAUGCGCGCGAACCUGAAAGAGGGCCAGAAAGUCGAGAAUCACGCCGAUUACCAGGCGUGGGUGCAGGUGAGGGAUGAGAAGGAGUGA